AUGGGACGAAAUCUAAAGAUCUCAAAAACCAUAAAGUAUCUCGGACUUACAUGGGAUCAGGGUCUCACAUGGCUGCCCCACCUUCAAGACAUCAGAGUCAAGACAGCAAAUAUAGCUAAGAAAGCCAGACAAUUCCAGGGAAGCAACUGGGGGCAAAACCCUCACAUCCAGAAACUGCUAUAUCUAACGGUAGCGGAGAGAAUUGUUCUUUACGCAUCGGCUAUAUGGGCGCAACCAAUGAGCAGUCGCAAGAUCAAACUCUUGACAACAAUACAACGGCCAUUUGCUCUAAACAUAAGUAGGGCAUAUAGGACAACGGCAUCAAGUGCAAUAACGGUCCUUGCGGGACUAACACCCCUGCACAUAAAGGCCAGCAUAGAAGCUGCAUAUGAGCGCCUAAUUAGGCUAAAACAAGAUGCCAACUUUGCUGGCACCGCCUUCCAUGCAACACAGUAUGAAUUACCAGGGAGUGUGCAGUAUGUGCACCCGGCACACAAAAGUAAAGGCAUCCAUGUCGUGACAGCACAACACCCAACGCCUCUCAGAGAAACUCCACAUGUGAACUCACGAUUCUACACCGAUGGAUCAAAGCAUGACAAUGGAGUGGGAUGCGCCUUCGUUCACUUCAAAAAUGACCGAGUGGAAAGCAAAUGGAAAGGCCAUCUCGCUACCCACAACAGCAUUUUCCAGGCAGAAGCUGUGGCAAUAGCAGCUGCAAUUCAGUAUGCUCAGGAUAUCAAUCUCAAUCUAGCAGCAACCGAAAUUCACACAGACAGCAUGUCAGUGCUACAGGCAAUCAUGAAUCACCACCAUACCUCACCCACAAUUAUAGCAAUCCAACAGCUCCUGCGUAACAAUAUGCAAACACACAUCACAAACUAA